UUUUGAUGUAUAUAUUUGCAAAAAUUCAAUUGUUGGCAUCAAGCUGUUGCUGCUUCUUCUCAUCUAUUUUCAUUAAACUUCUUCUGUUAAUCUUUGAUAGAGUCAGUCGUCUCAGUUUCUUCCAAGUUUUGAGGGAUUUUUGGAAUGAUGCAAGAAGACGAAGAAUCAAACGACUGUACUGACUGCACUUUGGUCAAAACAGAAGAAGUGGAAGUUUUUACGUGUUCUGUAUGUGCAUUCGAAUCUGAAAAUGUUGAUGAAGCUGAAAAACACAUAUUACUUCACGAAACUGUAGAAGUAGAAGAUUCUGAGGAAGAAUUUCAAGUUAUUUGUGAUGAAGUUUCUCAGAAAUCGAAAAGAAAAGUCAGAAAACUUCUUAGAGAUGGUGAACCUCACAGUGAAAUCGACAAUAAUGAUACAAACUAUGAACCUCGUCGAAAGCGGAAGAGAAAAAAUGAAGAAAGUUUCACGUGUGGUUGGUGUAAUUAUACUACGACAGAAAAAAGCGAGAUGAAACUCCACAGGCAGACACAUUCCACCAAAGGUAAUACCAUAUUCAAGUGCUCCCAGUGUUCUUACGAAACCAAGAGGAAAAAUGAUAUGCCAAAACACAUGUUAGGACACUGCACUGAUGUUGAAAUGUUUUCUUGUCCACACUGUACUUACAAGACUAAGAGAAAAUGUGAUCUACCCAAACAUCUUUUGCGCCAUAAACCUAUUGAUAGCGUUCCUCUCUACAAAUGUGAUUACUGCACAUAUGUAACCAAAAGAAAAGGUGACCUUCCUAAACACGUUAUGAAGCAUCAAGAAAAAUCUGAGUUGAGUCUUUAUAAUUGUACAGAAUGUGGAUACGUCUCCAAAAGAAUGAACGAUUUACACAAACACAUGUUAUUACAUUGUGACAGGCUAAUAACAGGAGUUUUCAAAUGUUUGAAGUGUCCCUAUGCUUGUGAUAAGGUGGUAAAAAUUUCCAAGCAUAUUCAGAGCAGAUGUCAGCUUUGGGAAGAUUCCAUCAGCCCAGAACAUCUGAUGCUUGAAGAUAUCCUUAACAGCGCCGAUAAAGAACCUAUUCAUGUCGUUCUAGAUCCUGAUGAUGAUGAGUAUGUAGAAGAGUAUCAGUAUGAUCAAGGGGAAGGAGAACAGGAGCAGCACGUUCAAUAUAUUUCCUCAAUAGAUGAUGGACAGAACUAUGUGGUUGAUGAAAACGGUCAAGUUAUGAGCGUUUUAACAGAAGAUGUUCUGGAAAGUGAGAUAGUACAAGAUGAUAAUUUUGUAGAAAUCAAUGAAAAUGAAGUACUUAUUGAGACAACCACGAAUCAAGGAGUAUUCAAUUUAAAUUUAGGGGAGUUCACCGUUGAAGUUCCAAGUUCUUCACAUGAAUAGUUUUUGAAAAAAAAAAUGCAGACCAUAUGUUAUAGGAACAUAUUUGAAUGAUCACUUAUAAUUUUAUGAAUGUAAUAUAUAUGCUCAUCAAUAAAAUAGAAAUUAUUGUACCAUUCUGUUGCCCACUUAGAAUAAAAGUUACCCAUUA